AUGGCUGACCUGCCCGGCGAACCAGUCGUUCUAGCACCCCCCGCAUUCGUGCUUGUGCCGUUGAACAAGGAAGCCAGGAAGGCCGUCCGCGACGCCAAGAAUCAGCAAUUCCCCACGUUUUUAGUAGACGAAAGCAUAUUGGGCUUUUACAUAAGUUUCGAGAAUGCAGACAAGCAGGAGUUCACCCUUGGGCGCAGCGGCACCGAUAUCCACCUGCCUGGGGGACCCGGCACUGAUAUCUCCAAGCACCAAUGUUCCUUUGUGUGCAAUGAAAAAACGGGCGCCGUCCUCCUCGUCGACCAUUCCACCAAGGAUAAUACGGAACCGUUCUCGUCAGAUCAGGGAGGGCAAACGAUCCCGUUUCACAACAAGCGGUCGAUUCUCGUCGCCAGGGGAAUCAACGGUCAAGUGGCGUUUGGCAAGAACAGGUUCUAUCAGUUCCGGAUUCGAUGGCACUCCGACGGCCUCUACGACUUCCCCAACAAAAACGAGCCUUACUCAGUCGGCCCAGUCAAUAUGCGAAAGAAAUAUCUCCUGGGGAGCAAGAUUGGAGGCGGGGCCUAUGGAACCGUCUGGUGGGCCUUGGAUAUCACCUCUGGAGAGAUGAUGGCGAUGAAGUCUUUCAAUAACCUGACCGGCAAGCAUUUUGUUUUUGCAAAGAGGGAGGUUGACAACCUCUACAAGAUCAACCGCUCGGACAUGAUAAGAUCGGAGAUUAUCCCUCCUUGGAUGAGCCAUAUCAUCGAGAUCCUUGACCACGCGGGUGAAAAGCCCGGGGAUAACCUGCUCGAGAUCAUGAUGCCCUUGAAACAGGGCAAUCUAAGAUCUCUGGCUGAGGGCAACCGGGACCUAGAUCUAUCGCAACUUGUCUUACGCCAAAUGCUCUUGGCCCUUCGGUGCCUCGCCCAGCACGAACUCAUACAUCGGGACGUCAAGCCGGAAAACAUACUUUGGGAGUUCGACAGCCGUGGCAGAUACCACUUUCGCCUUGCCGACUUUGGCCUCUCGCACGACCCAACCCUAGCCAUCACGAUCGCUGGCACCGAGACCUUCAUGGCGCCUGAAGUCCUGAAUAAGGAAAACCAGACCGAAAAGGUCGACAUAUGGUCCCUGUUCGCCACCAUCGUCUGGGUCAAGGAUGUUGACAAUUUCCAGCGGCGCUGCUCGUCAAAAGGCCCCCACGAGAUCCACCGGUGGCUGGUGAACCUAUCAAAACGAGACGAGUUGAUGUACAUCGGGGCAAUGGCGAACUUGAGACCUUCGCGUCGCCCUUCGGCCAAGGAGCUUCUAAAGACUCUUAAACAGCUAUCAGCGGCAUCCUAUGAUCCCGAUGCAGAACUAGCAGAUGCCAUGCAGACCGGUCUGACGAUGGGUGAUGAUGAUGGUGGAGGGGAUGUCGACCGCCUUUCGAGCGGGUCGACUAACAACUACGGAGUUGACGACGGCGGAAAUCCACUUCUGCUUCCACAUCCAGAGUAUUAUGAGCCUUAUUCCUUUGAUGGCAGGAAUCUAGUGGCCGACGGGGACGACUAUUCACCACAGCGAUACUAUCCGGCGACGGCAGAAUCCCGCCCUAGAGGGGGCAGGAGGAACCAGGCCUAUGUCGAACCGUAUGAGCCGGCCUACGGCCUUCCCGAAGGCUCGACCAGCGGGACAGCAGUUCCCGACCGCUGGACAGUGAGACCACUGCCCACGCAGGACACCGAGGCAGGCCAGGCCAGCGGAGACGAAUAG